AUGUCCCACAACCACUCACACGGCGGCGGGUGCCACGACGAAAGCCACCACCACGAUCAUGACCACGACGCGCCGGAGGGCGUCGGCGCGCGCGACAACCUGUUCGCCCGCAUCGACCGCGCGAAUGUGGUCGCCAUGAACGCCGAAGAUCCCGCCAAAGCCCCGGAGGUGAUCAAGCCCUGGCACCUGCGGCUCGACGAAGAGACGUAUCUCGAGUCGGACGCGGACGACCAGAUGAUCGUACGCGUCCCGUUCACGGGGGCCGUCAAGCUGCGCGCGCUCCUCCUCAAAGCGGGGCCCGCGGACCAGACUCCCACCAAGGUCGCCUUGUUCCCAAACACCGACUCCGUCGAUUUUUCCGACAUUGCGGACAUGAAGCCGGCGCAGGAGUUCGCCGUCCCCCAAGGGCGCGAAGUGGGCGAAUACCACGUCUUGCCAGCGAAGUUCCCCAACGUGACAUCCCUCACGUUGUUCUUCCCUGCAGCACAAGGGGCAGACACCACGAGGAUAUACUACAUCGGCUUCUUGGGACAGUGGAGCGAGCGCAAGUUCGAGCCUGUGAUGACGGUGUACGAGUCGAAACCGAACCUGGCGGAUCACGAGAAGAUCCAAGGGCUGAACCAGAACUGGAGCACGCCCGGAUCAUAG